AUGACAUCUAUGGUGCGCGGCCCGGGAAGCCCGAGAUGGACAAGGUUCUACAAGGGUCCUAUUGCUCCUCACUCUAUCGUGGCGGUGGAUGGCGAGCUUCAUCGCUUCUUGCGCCGUCUGCUUGCCAGGGAGUUCUCGGAUGUUAAAUUGAGAGAGCAGGAGCCAGUGAACCAACGCAGCAUCAAUCUACUGAUCGAGAAGCUGCAUGAUGAAGUCGCAGCUGGAAAGACACCUGAAAUGACGGCAAUGUUCAAUCUAAUAUGCGACAUUCGACCUGAUCGGGGAGCUUGCAUUCGGCGAGACCUAUGGAUGGAGAACUGGCGUUACCACCCCUGGGUGAAAAUGAUUUUCUAUGUGAUGAAACUGCGUGCCUUGACGCAUGCUGUUGGGUACUGUUCAUGGGUCUUCCCUAUCCUAUGUUGUUCGUCCUCAGGUUUUGCGCGAUUAAUUCGUCGUACACAGGAAGUACACCACCUAUGA